AUGGCAGAACCGCAAUAUGCACAAGUCCCUCCUCUCCCGCCCGGGCAGAGGCAUCAUUUAUUUAUGCCUACCGAAGUUCAUAGAAACUUGAACGAACUAAAGCUGAAUUUUAAUAACGUAGUGUCGAAAUGGAAAUAUGAAGGACUCGAAAGCUUCACUAUAAGAAACAUAGUUGUUCGCUUAGGAGUCAAGGAGGGUCAUAUAACUAAGACUCGGUAUCGUAGACUAGUCAUAAAGCGAGCCCUCAGUGACGAGUCCGAGGACUUGCUAAGGAACGAGAUCGAAACAAUCCAGUCCAUGCACCCCGCAGAGCACAUCAUCCACCCAAUAGUCACACUUGAAUAUCCGCCCCUACCAGGAGCCGCUGGAGGUGCUGGAGGCGCAGGAGGCGCAGGAGGUGGUGGCUCUGCUGAGAAUGCGGCUGAUGAGCUUACACGACUAUUUCGACGGGUAACCGUAGGAGCUAGGGAAGUGAUUAGGGAUCCUCACAUCCCUUCUCGGCUAAGAAGGGGAAGGGAAGAUCGCAGAAUGACUACUAGAAGAGUCAUUAAGGAAUUAAACUUAACGGCGCUAAACGACUACCCCUAUAUGAUAUCGGAGUAUCUCGAGAAUGGCACUUUAAAUAGGAUGUUAGAGAGAACUUUUCGACAUCGUACAAUCAUCCCGAACCGAGUCCUCUGGUCUAUAACCCUCUGUAUGGUGAGGGCAUGUAUAGGAAUGGCAUACGGGAGGCCGUCGCAGGAGGACCGCGACGCCGGACGCAGGGGAGAAGUUCCAGAGCCGAGAUUAGAAACCAUUCCACCGGGUGACGUUGGUCCAAGAGGUUUAGUCCAUGGGAGUAUCUCCGACCGUAAUUUUAUAUUUGGUGCCCCAAACGAUUUCCCGGAACAUAACCUCGUGGCCCCUCUUAAGCUCGCCGGUUUCUCGCAAGCACACAUUAUCGAGGAUGCUCGGGGCCCAAAGGAAAAUGCGUGGUGGAUGGGACAAGUACUUUUCAUCCUAGCUAUGAACGAUUACACCCGUCAAAUCCUCACUCAAUCUAUGGCGCAGCCAUCAUUUCAUAAUGGAAUUUGGACGACUGCAACCUUAUUAUAUGAAGCAAAUGAGACGAUUGACUUGGAUUUAAAGAAUCUGAUCGGUUUCUGGAUGAGCAACGACCCGAACUUGCCGGUUAACUUACGACAUGUGCUCCCCCUAGUAGAACUGGCUGUCGAGACAAGGAACGAGGCGUUUUAUAAUGGAGUACCCCGAGAGACGGACGCCUCCGUUAAAGCCUUCCUACAGCUUAUGAUGUACGACGCAGAUGAACACCUACCACUAAUGGUAGAGCAUAUGGAAGAAGUACCACCAGGAGAGCUACCGGUAAUUCUUCAAAACGAUCCCCUUUUUGAUGGGCCUGCCGACGGUGAAGACGGGCCUGCCGACGAAGACGACGACGGCGCCGACUUUUUUGACCCCGGUCCAGAAUUUCAUGCUCCGCAUGACUUUCCUGAUCCAGCAGUUAAGCACCCGCCGGGUCCUUUGCCUCCGCUGCCUGACCCCCCUGCUCCCAAUGACGGGGGUGGUGCUGUCGCUAACGAGGAACAACCUCAUGACGAUCUUUACGACUAA